AUGAAUCCAAACCUGAGCGGGACUAAAAGUGAAGAUGCAAAGGAUGCACCUGCAGCAAAUGCAGUGCCAGAAUCUGUUAUUGAGGCACCGGAAUCCAGAGCACCCAGCUCCAAUUCUAACUCUUCUUUAAACAGCGAGCAACCACCGACUAAAAAAAUGAAGCUGGUGCCUAAUAUUGCAGAAGAAUUAGCGAAAAACCGGUCACCACCUUUAAGUAAAUCGCAUAAUAAUAUUAAGAAGCAGAUCUCGAUAUCGUCACUCUUGUCUGAUCCACAGCCUCCCAAACCUAUUAUCAGAUCACCAACUGUGAUACUUCCUUCACAACGUCCGGGAACCUCCAAUAUUAGUGAAUCAAGUAAGAACGAUAUUCUUAUUGCUCGUACAAAUUCACCAGUCAACGUUCAGCUGGAUAGAUCGCAAAGUAGCCUCCAAAGUUCCUCCGAUUCAGGUGACAAAGAUAAAAUACUAAACAAAUUGGCUCCAAAUAUUGAUGCAGUUUUAAGCAGUAGACCUGGAAGUGAAGCUGGAUCGGAUUCCCAGCAAGCACAACAACCACAGAGUGUUGCCAAAACUGCAACAAACACUACUAAUGAUACCAAUUCUGCUUCAGGCAACGAAGUGAAAGCUACUUCUAACUCCAAAUCAAGUACAACAACAGAUCAAAAAUCAAAGGCGAAGGUAAAAGAAGAAACCCCUAGUAAAGCUACCAAACAAGGAAGUAAAAAUGGCAAAGGAUCUGCGUCAAAAUCAAACAAGAAUAGUAAAGCAACGGCAAAGGGUAAAAAAGAUUCAAAAGCGAAACCUGAGGCUAAGAACAAGAACGAUCCCAAAGUUAAAUCAGAGAGUCCCAAACCCAAUUCAGAAAGCUCUUCUGAAACACCAAAUAAUAAUACUCCGGAAGUUGUAACUAACGAUAGUAAGGUAAAAUCAGAAACUACAGAUUCAGAGACAGCAGAAAGUAAGAAGGAAAAGAGUAAGAAAAAGAAGACUGAAACUCCUCGUAAACUAGUUCCAGCUCCUCCAAUUAAGUCACCAAAGUUGUCUUCUGUAGAAGUUGAUGGAAAACCAAUAGUUAUCCUGGAUAUACCGUUGCAUGACGUUUCCAGCAAUGAAUAUCUUGAUGAAAAUGGCCAAGUUGUCUUCAACGUUUAUAACAUGAUACAAGAAAAGUACGGUGGACAAAUUAGUAAAACCAAGAGAAAUUUAAUAGUAGAUCUGAAUGAUGAUGUCGAAGCAGCAGAAGAUAACGAGGGUGAAGACGGUGCCGAAGUUGAACAUGAUGCCGAAGACGAUGACGACGAUGACGACGAUGACGAGGAAGAUGAUGAAGAAGAUGGUGCUGCCAUUGAUUCAACGAAAAAUAAGGAUAGCUCCUCAUCACCUAAGAAAAAACGCCCUCAUCCAUUGAAGGGUAAAAGUAGGAUCGGUAAAUACGAUAUUGAGGAUCCCUUCAUCGAUGAUUCUGAGCUACUUUGGGAGGAACAAAGGGCAGCAACUAGAGACGGUUUCUUUGUAUACUUUGGUCCAUUGAUUGAAAAGGGACAAUAUGCCAGCUUCCAAAGAGUGGACGGGACGAUGAAGAAAGGUGGUAUAAAAAAUCCGAAGUAG